AUGGCUUCAGAUUCACUGUCAAACAGUUCUGUUUCCCAAUUUCUAUCCACAUUAAUCCCCACUCUUGUCAUAUCAGUGGUUUUUGUAUUGCUAUUUGUUGUGAUACGUAAAACUCAAAAGAGAGUCUAUGAACCUCGUGCACUUGUCAAGUCACUUCCUCAAGAUAUUCGACCAGAUGAACCUGCAACUGGUCUUUUCAGUUGGUUGACUUCAUUAUUGAAACGACCAGAAACUUUUAUUAUCCAAUAUGCUGGUCCUGAUGGUUAUUUUUUCCUUCGAUUUUUGUUUGAAUUUUGCUGUAUUUGCAUAUUGGGAGCUAUUAUAACUUGGCCAAUUUUAUUUCCAGUCAAUGCUUCCAAUGGUAAUAAUAACCAACCAGGUUCAACUGUCAAGGGGUUUGAUAUAUUGUCUCUUUCAAAUGUUCGAAACAGAUGGAGAACUUUUGCUCAUGUAUUUUUAUCUUGGAUCUUGUUUGGAGCGGUUAUUUUUCUCAUUUAUCGUGAAUUGGUUUACUACACCACUUUUAGACAUGUUUUGCAAACAACUCCAUUGUAUGAUUCAUUAUUGAGUUCAAGAACUCUUAUGUUGACCGAAUUUUCAACUUCAAAAUUGACUGAUGAUACAUUGAGAGGUUAUUUUCCCACUGCCACAAACAUUUGGUAUGGAAGAGACUAUAAAGAAUUGGAUAAAGAAGUGGAGGAAAGAACCAAAUUGGCUGGAAAGUACGAAGGAGCACUCAACAAGGUGUUAACAAAAGCAGUCAAGUUGAAGAAUAAAUGUAUCAAGAAACUGAAGCCAGUUCCAGAGCCGGAGGAUGAUCUUGACAAGUAUUUGAAAGAUGGCAAGAAAAGACCAACACACAAGUUGAAGUUUUUGGUUGGUAAAAAAGUGGAUACUUUAAACUAUGGAGCUGAAAGAUUGGGUGAAUUGAACAAGUCUGUAGGCAAGAAACAAGCUGAAUAUGCUACAAACACCCAAUUACCAGCUGUAUUUAUUGAAUUCCCUUCACAACUCGAAUUACAAAAGGCUUAUCAAGCUAUUCCUUAUAAUAAAGAUUUCAAGGGUGUGAAGAGAGUUACUGGUGUUGCUCCAGACGAUAUUAUCUGGCCUAAUCUUCAAUUGUCUCCAACCAAGAGAAGAAUCCAGGCUAUCAUUGCCAACACUAUUUUGACACUUUUAAUCAUUUUCUGGUGUAUUCCUGUUGCCGUUGUUGGUGCCAUUUCAAACAUUAACUUUUUAACUGAAAAAGUUCACUUUUUAAGAUUCAUCAACAAUAUGCCAAAAGUACUUUUGGGUGUCAUUACUGGUUUGCUUCCAUCUGUAGCUUUGGCUGUUUUGAUGUCAUUGAUUCCACCUUUUGUCAAGUACAUGGGUAAGAAAUCAGGACGUUUAACGGUUCAACAAGUUAACGAAUAUUGUCAAUCUUGGUAUUUUGCCUUCCAAGUUGUUAAUGUGUUUUUGGCGGUUGCUUUGGGUUCAUCAGCUGCAUCUGUUGCUCAAGAAAUUGUUAAAAAGCCUGAUGAAGCCCUUAAGAAAUUGUCGGAAAGAUUCCCACCUUCGGUUAACUUUUACUUUUCGUAUCUUUGUUUACAAGGUUUGACAAUUAGUUCUGGUGUUUUGGUACAAAUUGUUGCAUUAAUUUUAUCCCAUAUAUUGGGAAGAAUUUUGGAUAGUACGCCAAGAGCCAAAUGGACUAGAUGGAACACGUUGGGUCAACCUGAUUUUUCAACGUUGUACCCAGGUUUCCAAUUGUUGACAGUUAUUGCUCUCGCAUACUCAGUUAUUGCUCCAUUGAUUUUGGGUUUUACCGCAAUUGCAUUUGCCUUGUUUUACUUUGCAUACAUUUACACGAUGGUGUAUGUCAUGAGACCAAGCGCAGUUGAUGCUAGAGGUAAAAAUUAUGUUAAAUCAAUGUUUCAGUUGUUUACCGGUCUCUUUUUAGCGCAACUUUGGAUCACUGCCAUUUUUGUAUUUACAAAGAAUUGGGCCUGUGUUGCAUUAGAAGCUGUCAUUAUAAUUGUCACUAUUAUUGCAAGAUUUUGGAUGAAGAGAAAAUUUAUGACUGUUGUUGAUGCUGUUCCUAUUUCAGCGAUCAAGUAUGCGGCCGGGGAUACAACCUAUUCAUACCCAAUGUACGAUCAAGGAUACAAAGAGAUUCAAACUGAGGGUCAAAACUACUGGGAAGGUGGUAACCAACUUGGAGCUGUUGGAGGUGAGGUUCAUGAUCAAGUAUUGCCUUAUAGAAACCCUGGAUCUGCACCAAUUGCUGGAGCAGGCAACGCAGUUGAUGGGGAUUCGUCCUUGACCGACGCCAAAGCUCCAUUUGAUCAUCGUGGGUCUGAAUCUUCGGCCGUUGACACCAGAAUUGGUCAUACUGACAAUGAAAAGCCUUAUGCAUUAGAACCUCGUGGUGACAAAGUUUCAAACACCAACACUGGAGCUGAUGGCCCAUUCAAGGAGCAAACGUACAAUGAUCACGAAAAGGGUCUUGGUGGUGUAGGUGAUGCUGCCAAAGGGGUAGCUGGUGCUCCAGGUAAAGGAGUUUCUUGGUUGAAGAUUUUCUUUGCUCCUAAAACUCAAACCUUUGACAUGAUUAGGAACAUCAUGCCUAGUUCCUUUUUCAAUUAUGUCGAGUACAAUCCAGAAUUUAUAAGACAUGCUUACGAUGAUCCUGCAGUUACUGAUGAAGAACCACAUAUUUGGAUAGCGAGGGAUCCAAUGGGAUUAUCGGAGAUUGAAAAGAACAAAGCUUUGAAGGAGGGAGUUGAUGUGACAGAUGAAAAUGCAACAUUUGAUGACAAAGGUAAUGUUAUCUUUACUGGUCCACCGCCAACUUAUGAAGAGGCUAUCAGAGUUUAG